AUGCGGCGGAGCCCUCGCCCGGGCUCAGCCACGUCCCCUCACAAGCACACGCCCAACUUCUACAGCGACAACAGCAACAGCUCAGUGAGCGUCACCUCGGGGGACAGCAGCGGGCACCGGUCAGCUGGGCCGGGGCCCGGGGAGCCCGAGGGCAGAAGAGCCCGGGGCUCGAGCUGCGGUGAGCCCGCCUUGAGCGCAGGAGUGCCCGGAGGAACCACAUGGGCUGGAAGCUCUCGGCAGAAGCCGGCGCCUCGGAGCCACAAUGGGCCGACCGCCUGUGGCGCGGCAACCGUGAGGGGCGGGGCCUCGGAACCGGCUGGCUCUCGCGUAGUCUCUGAGGAGCAGCUCGACCUUCUCUCAACCCUGGAUCUGAGGCAGGAGGUGCCUCCACCGCGCGUGUCCAAGAACUUCUUGAACCUGCUGUUGCAGGUGCUGAGCGUGUCGCUGUCCCUGGUAGGAGACGUGCUGGUCAUUGUGUACAGGGAGGUCUGUUCCAUCCGCUUCCUGCUCACGGCUGUGUCACUGCUGAGCCUCUUUCUGGCAGCACUCUGGUGGGGGCUGCUGUACCUGGUCCCUCCUUUGGAGAAUGAACCUAAGGAGAUGCUGACUCUAAGCGAGUACCACGAGCGCGUGCGCUCCCAGGGGCAGCAACUGCAGCAGCUCCAGGCCGAGCUGGAUAAACUACACAAGGAGGUGUCCAGCGUUCGCGCAGCCAACAGCGAGAGAGUGGCCAAGAUUGUAUUCCAGAGGUUGAAUGAAGACUUUGUGAGGAAACCCGACUAUGCGCUGAGCUCUGUGGGGGCCUCCAUCGACCUAGAAAAGACAUCACACGACUAUGAGGAUGCGAACACUGCCUACUUCUGGAAUCGCUUCAGCUUCUGGAAUUACGCGAGGCCGCCAACGGUUAUCCUGGAGCCAGAUGUGUUCCCUGGGAAUUGCUGGGCUUUUGAGGGCGACCAGGGCCAGGUGGUGAUCCGGCUACCGGGUCGUGUGCAACUGAGCGACAUCACCCUGCAGCACCCACCACCCAGUGUGGCACACACCGGGGGAGCCAACAGCGCCCCCCGCGACUUCGCAGUCUACGGCCUCCAGCUUGAUGAUGAGACUGAAGUUUUCUUAGGGAAAUUCACCUUCGAUGUGGAGAAAUCAGAGAUUCAGACUUUCCACCUACAGAAUGACCCCCCAACUGCCUUUCCCAAGGUGAAGAUCCAGAUUCUAAGCAACUGGGGCCACCCCCGUUUCACAUGCUUGUAUCGGGUCCGAGCCCAUGGCAUGCGAACUUCAGAGAGGGCAGGAGACAGUGCCACAGGGGAACCCCAUUAA